AUGCAUGGGAUCUUUUCUACCAUCGCCACGAUCUUCACCCUGGUGUCGGCCGUUCAAUCUGUCGCUGUCUUAGUACCUCUAUACACCUGGCCCGGCACAGAUUCCUGGCAACCGGUCUAUGACUCACUGGAGGCCAAUCCAUACACUACAUUUUAUCUCAUCGUCAACCCACAAAGCGGCCCAGGGAGCACAGAGUUCCCCCAAAAUAUCUUUAUCACAGCCUUUGCAAAGCUCAACAGCUACAGUAAUGCCAAACUCCUAGGCUACAUUUCGACAAGAAGUCUCCGUCUACUCCAACUGGGCCUCCUACCAAGGAAAAAUAUCGCCGUCGACGGAAUCUUCUUCGAUGAGGGAUCGAAUGGACAGGACACUACCAAGCUCGCGUACUACCAGCAGAUCUCAAAGACUGCCAAGAAUAGCCACCUGAACAUCGUCAUCUUUAACCCAGGUGCUAAGAUUAUGGCUGAUACCCCGGAAUGGUUUGCUGCCGCCGACUUUAUUGUUGAGUAUGAGAACACUUGGGCCAACUGGGUCUCUCUAGCCCCUACUGAACAUCUUUCGAACAUGGAGUACUACCACAAGAUCGCCAUCAUUAUGGGCCUCGGUGCUAUCUAUCUGACUUAUGACAAUGACUAUAUGACUGACCAGUCUGUACUUUCUGUGUCAAAGGUUGCUGUCGGUGUUGGUAUGGUCCCUCCACAAGUUGGAGUCCCCCAGCGAGCUGGGCACCGCCGAGAGGCUCACUAG